CCGGCGCGGCGCGAGGAUGAGCGGGCGGCGGGUGGACGCCAAAGUGGUGCUGCUGGGCCAGGAGGGCGUGGGCAAGAGCAGCCUGGUGGAGCGCUGCGUGCACCGCCGCUUCCGCGCCGGGCCCUAUCAGAACACGAUAGGGGCUGCGUUCGUGGCGAAGGUGCUGUCUGUGGGGGAGCAGACGGUGACACUGGGGAUCUGGGACACAGCGGGCUCCGAGCGCUACGAGGCCAUGAGCCGCAUCUACUAUCGUGGGGCGCGAGCUGCCGUCGUCUGCUACGACCUCACCAACAGCAGCAGCUUCCAGCGCGCCAAGUUCUGGGUGAACGAGCUGCAGAACUGCGAGGAGGGCUGCCGGAUCUACCUGUGUGGCACCAAGAGUGACUUGCUGGAGGAGGACCGGAGGAAGCGAGACGUUGACUUCCACGACGUGCAGGACUAUGCCGAUGAGGUCAAGGCAGAGCUGUUUGAGACCUCCAGCAAGACAGGACAGAACGUGGAUGAGCUGUUCCAGAAGGUGGCUGAGGACUACGUCCACUUCACUGCCUUCCAGGAGAUGACAGAGGAGAAAGGUGUUGACCUGGGCCAGAAAAGCAGUUCCUACCUGUACAGCUGCUGCCACCACUGAGAUCUUCAGCCAAAAGGGAACUGCUGGUGCGGGCUGCCUGCCCCGCUGCUCUUUGGACUCCGUCUGUUUUUUACCUGCUGUAUUUUAGCUGUGUGAGAAGCUGUGUGCAAGGGAAGCGCAGCCCCAUGGAUCACUCCGCUCCCUGGCCUCGGUGUAUGGAGCUGCGCGGUGCUGGGAGCCGCAGGUGCCCACCGAGGUGCCCCUGCUGCCUGUUGGCAGAGACCCAGCAGCAUCCAUAACUUAUUUUCUUGGAGAUGUCGCCCGAUUCUUUGCGGAUUAUUUAAGCGUCUUCUAUCACGGUGUACAAUGUAAAUAAAAUGCAUUGUGGUCUGA